GCUCCCACCACCAAGUUUCACUCAGCAUUUGAGAUGAACCAGGCCUGCGACCCCUCCAGAGCUUUGUGCAGGCAGCGGGAUGCCUGCCGAGGCUAAGAAAGCUGCGAUGUUGGGAAGAAGGCUGGAAAGGACGCUUCCACUGGGAAGAAGGACAGGUGGCCAUUUUGUGCCACCCCUGCUAGAGCCUGGCCCUGGCCUGGAGUCGGAGCAGGGCUGGGCGAGCAGCAUUGCCACCAGAGGGGUGGCGUGUCAGGAGGGUGAGGCCGGAGCUGCCCCUUCCAGCAGCAGCCAGCGUGGCGAUCGUUAAGCUGUGGAGCGAAACUGUGCUGCAAGAGGUGGGGUGAGGUGAUAAUUAGCAGGCGGGGAGCAGGAGCUUUCUGACAGGGAUCAAAGCACUCUGCUAGCACUUGAAGCUCGAGACCUGCCCAUGACAGAGCAGCCUUGCUGCCCUAAGAGUGCUCUCAUCCUGUGUGAGCAGCCCCUCUCCUGCUCUGUCUGCACCUCUGCCACCAGCUCCUGCUGCCCUUUGUGGAGCCUUGCAGCUGCUGAGCAAACCCAGUGGGACCUUCUCUUGUGGCUGGUCACCUUUCCCGUGGCUCAUCUGGCAAAACCCAAGAACUCAUCUGGGGACAUCAUCACCUCUGCCUCGGCCGUGGCAAAGGACAGCUCAGCCUCGUGGUGUGGCUGCGGUGAAGCCUGUGGAUGGUCGCUGGACAGAAAGCUGCAGAGACCGCUCCUGGGGAAGUCCCGGACGCUGCCCAGCAUCCCGCAGUCCCCGGUCCUGAGCAGGCUUCCCCUCCUUGACUCCACGGCAUAUAGGGAGGAGAUGCCGGAGCAGAAGUCCUACAAGAAGCACUCGGCCUCUGAUGGCCAGAAGGGCUGCACGGUCCCAUCUGCCGGGGAGGCCUGGCGGCUGGAGGACGACUGCAUGGACCCCCCGGGGGAUGCCCAGCUGCAGCCGCGGCUCCGCACGGCGGUGGAGGAGGCCCCGUUCAGCCAUUUCCGCACCCGCUCCUUCUACAUGCGGAAGAGCCUGUCGGUCGACAACCACCUGGGGUCCUUGGGCUACGCCGUCCACCCCGCGGAGACGAAGGCCGAGCGCGUCAGGACCAAGCUGCGGCGCCAAUUCAGCCUGGGGUCAGCAGACAAGAAGGACUUUUACCAGCCCAAGUCGGAAAGCAGCCUCUCUAGGUUUGCCCACCGCUUGUCAGUUAAGCAGAAGCAGGAGAAGAGAAGGAAAGCUGAGUAUGCCUCGGCCGAGCUGUCUGCCUUCCGGCCCAGGUCUCUGAGCAUUGAAUGGUCGUCCUCUCCCAAAAUGACGCAGCAGAUGCGGGACCUGCAGCUGGCGCAGGCCAGGAAGCCGCCGGGCCCUUCCUCGCCGAACGCGGCCAAAAGGCUCUACCGAAACCUCUCGGGGAAGUUCCGAGUCAACUACACGUCCUUUGAUGAGGGCAGCCUGGCGGGACGGGGCGAGAAGGAGAAGCUCCGCAAGUCCUACCUGUUCCAGAGCAAUGCUGCUCUCUUCGAGGCCGUGGAGCUGCAGGACCUGGACCGGGUGCAGGAGCUGCUGAAGCAGUACAGCCCCGAGGAGCUGGACCUCAACACCCCCAACAGCGAGGGGCUGCUGCCCCUGGACAUCGCCAUCAUGACCAACAACGCUCCCAUCGCCAGGGCCCUGCUGCAGGCAGGAGCGAAGGAGAGCCCGCACUUUGUCAGCCUGGAGAGCCGCUCGCUGCACCUCUCCACGCUGCUGCGGGAAGCGGAGCAGCGCGUCAACGAGCUGACGGCGCAGGUGGUGAACGAGGCACCCAACGCCGACUGCUCCGAGAAGGAGAAGCAGCUCAAGGCCUGGGAGUGGCGAUACCGGCUGUACAAGCGCAUGAAGGCAGGCUUUGAGCACGCCCGAGUGCCGGACCCCCCCAGCAACGUGCACCUCUCGGUGGCCAGCAGCUCCUCGGUGCAGGUGACCUUCUGGGAGCCCCUGAGUGUCAACUCAGCCGUUGUCACCAAAUACAAGGUGGAGUGGAGCUGCUCCCCCACCUUCUCACCACUGCUGGGGGAGGCCGUGGUGGACAAGCUGAAGAGCCUGCACUACACCAUCCGGGGGCUGGUGUCGGGCACAGCUUACUACGUCCAGGUGUCUGCCUACAACAUGAAGGGCUGGGGUCCCCCCAAGCCUCAGUGCCCCCCUUCGCCAUCCCUUCCAGUAAACUGGAGGGAGUACGACGGCCGGGCCCCGCGGCGCAGGGGCCAGGCUGAAGCUCUGGACCACCUGCUGGGCCAGGUGAAGACCGUCCACCAGCACUGCGUGUGCCACGAGCCCUGCAAGAACCAGCCCCAGAGCAGGAAGCACUCGGUCUCCAAGAGCCUCAAGCACCUCUUCCACGCUGGCAGCAAGUUCCUCAAGACACUGAAGCGGGGCCUCUACCUGACAGCCAUCUUCUACAAGGACGACAACAUCCUGGUGACCCACGAGGACCAGAUCCCGGUGGUGGAGAUCGACGACACCUACUCGUGCCUGCUCAUGCAGGAUUUCCUUUGGUUCACCAAGGUGUCGUGCAUGUGGGACGAGAUCCUGUGGCUGCGGCAGUGCGUCACCGUCUCCCAGUCGUCCUGCUCCUGCAUCCUGCAGACGCGCUUCAAGAUGCUGCUGGCCAUCUCGCAGAUGCAGGGGCUUCUGGGCAUCCAGGACCUGGGGCAGGUCUUCUUCGAGCCCAUCAAAGACAAGCAGGGCAACAUCCUCAUCGUCACCCUGAAGGAGGUGAAGACCAACCAGACCUUCGAGAGCGUCCGCUGGGUUCCCAUCUGCAAGCUGCAGACCAGCCGCAAGUCCGUGUCGUCCCCGGAGGAGCCCACGGCCCUGGACACGCUGCUCAUCUCCGUGCAGGACAAGCUGGCUUACCACCAGCGGAGCAGCCAUGCCCUUUCCCCGGGCCUCUACCUGGGCUACCUGAAGCUCUGCAGCGCCGUGGACCAGAUCCGGGUGCUGGUGCCCGAGCAGCUCCCCAACAUCUUGUGCCAUGUGAAGAUCCGCUCCAACCCCAACAUCUCCAGGGAGGAGUGGGAAUGGCUGCAGAAGAUGGCCAGCAUGGAGGAGCCCGUUCCUGCGGAGCCAGAGGCUGAGACAUCCCAAAACCACUUGUUCCAGGAGCUCCAGGCGGCCAUCAAGGAGCUGAUGACCCUGGUCAACAUCCCGUUGCAAGAGGCCAAAGAUUUCCGCCUGUACAGCCAAGAGGUGCUGGAUUUUGGGGGCCAGGUCUCCUUCCUGCUGCUGCUGCCUCCCUCAGAUGACGUCUGCACGGCGCCGGGCCAGAACAACCCCUACACCCCUCAGUCUGGCUUCCUCACGCUGCCGCUGCAGAUCUUCGAGCUGGUGCACUUCUUCACAUACGACCGGGAGUUCAUCACGCAGUACUGCCAGGUGUCUGCCCUCCUGGAGCUGGAGUCGCUCCUCUCGCAGCAGAGCCUCAGGGAAGCCUUCUCUGACGCCGAGCUCUCCACGGCCAAGCAGAGGCACCAGCAGGUGCAGGAUUACAUCCAGCAAAUGGAGGAGAUAUGGCGCGAGAUGCGCUGGAUUAUGGACGCCCUGCAGCAUGCCCGGUACAAGCAGCCGUCCUGUGGGGUGUCCCUCAGUGGGUUCCUCAGCACCUCCAGCAGUGCCAUGAAGGAGAAGACCCAAUCGUCCUCGUCCCACCUCGACUUCCUUCCCUCCCCGGCGCCCUCCCCAGAGACCAGCCGUAAGCUCAACUCCGACCUGCACGGGCUGUCGGACGAGGAGGGCUCCUCCGAGGUGUUCCUGGCCACCGACAGCGACUACGACUCCAGCAGGGCGCAGAGCCCAAAGGAGCUCGACCUGGUGUCCUCCUCCUCGGGGCCCGAGUGCUGCGGCAGGAGGGCACCCCGCAGCCUGCGGGACAGCGCCCCGGACGUCCUGCAGAGCCACGAGCUCCAACCGGUGCCGCUGCCCCCGCCGGAGCCCCGGCCGCCCCCCGAGCUCUACGACAGCGACUUCGUCCUGCCCAGCCGGCAGAUCGAGCUGCUGCGCAUCACGGAGAAGCGGCAGGCGUACUGCGUGCGCACCAGCAGCCUGGACUUCCCCAAGCCCCUCUGCCCAGGUGGCCAGAAAGUCCUGCCCCGGCUCCGUCGACAGCUCCCCGACGGAGAGCAGGACCCCCGGGGGCCACGGCGGCCAGCUCAGGCUGGGGACUGGCUCCGCACCCAGCCCCGAGCGCGGCCGGACGCGCUCGGCUGAGUGGACUCCGAGCUGCCAGGAGCCACUGGAGCAGCCCGGGUGCUUGGCCGACCGCGGGAAGAAGCCGGGCUCUGUCACCUUGCGGGUCUGCCCUCAGUACGAAACCGGACUCUCCAAAGAGACCAGUGUCAAG